AUGCUCGACACCCAUUACACCCCAGACAUGCCGAUGUGGUACCCAUUGGACCUAUUGGACGACCCGGCGCUGGUCCUGGACUCGGAGCUUCUCAGCGAGGACGUGUACGGGAAUCAGCUGGGCGUCAGCGAUUCCGACCCUUGCGCUGCCCAUCUGCUGAGCCCUGAACUCUGCGCCGAAUAUGAGUCGGCAAUGGUCCAAGCCGCUUCGGACCAAUUCCGGACACCCCAGCCAUCAGGGAUGCCAGAGACACCAGCGUCCUCAGGAUUCGUGGAUAAACUCACUUCAAUAUUUGAGGAGUCCACUUUCAACACCACUCCCGAUUCGAAAGUCUUCCCCGCCAACCUUUCCCUCAACGACCUUCUCCGGUCGACCUCCCAACUGGCCACUGAGCGCGCCCUGUACAUGAACAUCCGUGGCGCUAUCUCGUCCCCGCGGUCGUCGUCGCACGAUACCGUCAGCGUCCUGCCGCAGUUCGGCCAAUCGCCCGUUGCGCAAGAAUCCUGCAGCUCGCCCGGAAUGAGCCAUCAAUCAUACAGUGGAAGUGAGGGAGACUGGGACCGGGAGUACAACGUGAGGGAACCCGCACAAUACUAUCGGCUGCCAGAUCUGGGGAGGUCGGACACGCUGCCGCUGCCUUCGUAUCCCAUCGACGGGAUGAUGAUGGCCGAGCCCCCAUUCAGCGACCCACACCUACCUGCUGCGUUUCCAGCAGCUUCGCCGCAGAAAUGCAGCAGCGGAGCAGCCAGCCAAGGCAAGGGCAGAGCAGCAGCACCACCACACGCUGGCACGAAUGGUCUCAAAACCAUGACUGGCAACGCGAUGGAUGGGCUGACCCCGCUGGAGAUGCCUGACGGCAGCACCCGAUUCACCGCGAAUUGGCUUCCCGUGGACCCUGAAGCGGGCUUCACGAUCCGAGACCCUUCUGUCGGCCCCUUCAGUCAUCUUCACGACGACCCUCUAGAUAUGGACUCAAUGAUGGGUUGCUAUGCGCAGAAUGCAUUCAUCUCGGUGCCCACCGAUGUUGGCUUCCCUUGA